GACCAGCUGAUCGUUUGUAUUUUCCAACAUGGCGGCGGGCUGGCAGCAGCUGGCUGUGGCUCCCCUCUUCUUCCUCCUCCUCCUCCUCCUCAGUGGGGUGUUGACUCUCCCUCUCGGUGGGGAAAACAAACGAACCCCCACCUGCGGAUACGAGUCGUGUCAUGCCACCAAACCCAACAUGUUGAACGUCCACCUGGUUCCUCACACACAUGAUGACGUUGGCUGGCUCAAGACCGUGGACCAGUACUUCUAUGGAGACCGUAACGACAUCCAGCACGCCGGGGUUCAGUACAUCCUGGACUCGGUGGUGGAUCAGCUGCUGAAGAACCCGGACAGGCGAUUCAUCUACGUGGAGACGGCCUUCUUCUACCGCUGGUGGAAGCGCCAGAGCUCUGGCGAGCAGCAGACGGUCAAACAGCUGGUGAACGAAGGUCGUCUGGAGUUCGUGAACGGCGGCUGGUGCAUGAGCGACGAGGCGACGACGCACUACAGCGCCGUCGUCGACCAGAUGACCAUGGGCCUGAGGUUCCUCAACGAGACGUUCGGGCCUUGUGGUCGCCCCCGAGUCGCCUGGCACAUCGACCCGUUCGGCCACGCCCGCGAACACGCCUCCAUGUUUGCACAGAUGGGAUACGACGGCUUCUUCUUCGGUCGCCUCGACUACCAGGACCGCACCCGCAGGAUGUUGGCGCAGGAGCAGGAGCUUCUGUGGAGGGCGUCCGACAGCCUCGCGCCGCCAAUGGCCGACCUCUUCACCGGGAUCCUUCCCAACGGUUACAACCCUCCUGAGGGGUUCUGCUGGGACCAGUCCUGCGACGACCCACCAAUCAGAGACGACCCGGAUCUGGAAGACUAUAAUGUUGAUGACGUGGUGAUGCGCUUCCUCGCCAUCGCCAAGAGUCAGGCUACGGCGUAUAAGACGAAUCACAUCAUCAUGACCAUGGGCUCGGACUUCCAGUACGAGAACGCCAACCUGUGGUACAAGAACCUGGACAAGCUGAUCCGCUACGUCAACGCCCGGCAGGGGAACGGCAGCCGGGUCAACGUGGUCUACUCGACGCCCUCCUGCUACCUGCAGGAGCUGCACCGAGCAAACCUCACCUGGGCUCUGAAGACGGACGACUUUUUCCCCUACGCGGACAGCGCUCACGACUUCUGGACCGGCUACUUUACGAGUCGACCGGCGCUGAAGCGCUACGAGCGGGUCAGCAACAGCCACCUGCAGACAUGUAACCAGCUGGAGGUGCUCGGUGGACCUGUCUCCAGGAAUGGACCCUUUGGUGAAGGCAACAGCCAGACCAUGAAGAAAGCCAUGGCGGUGGCCCAGCACCACGACGCCGUGUCGGGCACAGAGAAGCAGCACGUAGCCAACGACUACGCCCGGAGGCUGGCGGACGGCUGGCGGCACUGUCAGGUUCUGGUCAGUAACAGUCUGGCGGCUCUGACCGGCUCGUCUGCCAAGCGGAUCUACUGCGAUAACCUCAACAUCAGUGUGUGUCCUCUCACCGAGUCCAGCAAAAAGUUCUCAGUCAGUGUGUACAACCCCCUCGCUCGGCCCGUCACUUGGCCAGUCAGGCUACCCGUGAACGGAACGGCGUACACGGUAUCUGAUGCUAAAGGUCAACCCGUCGACUGUCAGGUGGUUCCAGUGUCCAGAGCCACGCGGGAGGUGAGGAAGAACCGGGGCUUCGCCAUCAACGAGCUGGUGUUCCAGGUUCAGGCUCCUCCUCUGGGCUUUAGCACCUACUCCGUGUCCCUGCUUCAGGACGGGCCUCCACCCGCCGCCGCCACAAAGCACCGUGCUCCUACAGCGAUCCAGAACAAGUUCCUCAGAGUGACCUUUGACCCAGACACCGGCCUCUUGAGCAGCCUCAGCAACCUGGAGACCGGACAGAGCAUCAGCCUCACACAGAAUUUCUAUUGGUACAACGCCAGCGACGGCAACAACUCAGAGAGCGACCAGCCCUCGGGGGCCUACAUUUUCAGACCCAACUCGUCCACGCCGUUCGUCAUCAGCCAGAGGGCCAAGACGGAGACCGUGCAGAACUCGGUGGUGCAGGAGGUGAGGCAGUGGUUUGCUCCCUGGGUGUCGCAGGUGGUUCGUCUCUACUCCGACAGCAGAGCUCUGGAGCUGGAGUGGACGGUCGGACCUCUGCCCAUAGAUGACAGCCUGGGGAAGGAGGUGAUCACCCGCCUGGACACGAGUAUCAAAACCUGUGAAAUGUUCUACACCGACUCCAACGGCAGAGAGGUGCUGCAGAGAAAGAAAGACUUCCGCCCCACGUGGAACCUAAAGCAGUCGGAGCCCAUCGCCGGGAACUACUACCCCAUCAACUCCCGGGCGUUCAUCAAGGAUGACAAGGAUCAACUCACUGUGGUGACCGAUCGCUCCCAGGGAGGAGGAAGCAUCCACAACGGCUCCCUGGAGAUCAUGCUCCACCGCCGGCUGCUGUACGACGACGUCCGCGGUGUCGCCGAGCCCCUGAACGAGACCUCCGCCAUCUUCCCAGAGGGGCUGGUGGUCCGCGGCCGCCUCCUGCUCUCCCUGGAGCGGCCGCCCGCCGCCGCCGACGCACACCGCCCCCUGGCGCAGGAGGCGGUGCUGCAGCCGCUGCUGACGUUCGUCGACGGGGGCCUGAGCCCAGACACUCGACUGGAGUUCUCAGGUCUUCAGGCCGCGCUGCCUCCGGCCGUCCACCUCCUCACCCUGACGCAGUGGGACGGAGACUCGGUGCUGCUGCGGCUGGAGCAUCAGUUCCAGAGUCGGGAGAGCAGAGUGAACUCGCAGCCCGUCACCGUCAACCUGCAGAAGCUGUUUUCCACUCUGGAGGUGAUCGGCGUGUCUGAGAUGAACCUGUCGGCCAAUCAGUGGAAAGACGAGAUGAUUCGUUUCGCCUGGACGCCACAGACGGAUUCGGAGGCUCCGCCCCCGAAGGCGUCCGGCGACGCGUCGUCCACGUGGGAGGUGACGCUGAGGCCGAUGGAGAUCCGCACCUUCCUGCUCCGAGUCGCCCUCAGAUAGCGGAAAAAAAAUCACACGCCUCGAAUUCGUCGCUAGACGCCACGAGUUAAUUAACAAGUCCAAUCAACUUCCUGCUCGGGUGUGAUUGGCCCAAGAUAGGACUUCAUUUUUAUGUGUUUUUCUUUAUGAAGAAUCAGACGACUGAAGUGAGUCGAAUGUUAAAACUUGACGUUGAAAGUCUGGAUUUCUCAUUAUAGACACAUGUACAGUAUUUUGCCGAAGCUGCCUUUUAUUUUUAUUUUUUUUCUUCCUUCCUGCCGACACAUGAACCAGUGACUCUGUCCCCAACCAUGAUGUGGACAAUAAGUGGAACUUUUUUUUCUAUUUCUGUUUUGACAAAAUAUGUAAAUACUUCACAAAUGAUUUUUUUUACUGAUCAUGCGAAUAAAAUCUGUCACUUGUCA